CAUGGCUGAGAGUGGUGAAAGGGGUGGCCCUCCAGGCUCCCAGGAUAGCACUGUCAGAGCCAAAGGUGCCAGCGCCUCCACAGCCACUGCCUCUGCAGAGCCCAAAAUUAUGAAAGUCACCAUGAAGACUUCGAAGGAGAAGGAGGAAUUUGCUGUACCUGAGAAUAGCUCCGUCCAGCAGUUUAAGGAAGAAAUCUCUAAACGUUUUAAAUCACAUACUGACCAACUUGUGUUGAUAUUUGCUGGAAAAUUUUUGAAAGAUCAAGAUACCUUGAGUCAGCAUGGGAUUCACGAUGGACUUACUGUUCACCUUGUUAUCAAAACACAAAACAGGCCACAGGAUCAUUCAGCUCAGCAAACAAAUACCAUUGGAAGCAAUGUUACUACAUCAUCAGCUCCUAAUAGUAACUCCACAUCUGGUUCUGCUACUAGCAACCCUUUUGCUUUAGGUGGUCUUGGAGGACUUGCAGAUCUGAGUAGCUUGGGUUUGAAUACUACCAACUUCUCUGAACUACAGAGCCAGAUGUAGCAACUUUUGUCUAACCCUGAAAUGAUGGUCUAGAUCAUGGAAAAUCCCUUUGUUCAGAGCAUGUUCUUAAAUCCAGACCUGAUGAGACAAUUAAUUAUGGCCAAUCCACAAAUGCAGUGGUUGAUACAGAGAAAUCCAGAAAUUAGUCAUAUGCUGAAUAAUCCAGAUAUAAUGAGACAAACGUUGGAACUUGCAAGGAAUCCAGCAAUGAUGCAGGAAAUGAUGAGAAACCAAGGAUAGAGCCUUGAGCAACCUAGAAAGUAUUCCAGGGGGAUAUAAUGCUUUAAGAAGCAUGUACACAGUUAUUCAGGAACCAAUGCUGAGUGCUCCGCAAGAGCAGUUUGGUGGUAAUCCAUUUGCUUCCUUGGUGAGCAAUACAUCUUUAGGUGAAGGUAGUCAACCUUCCUGUAAAGAAAACAGAGAUCAACUACCCA